AUGCCUUCUGUCGACAGACUCAGCGCUUUGCCGGAUAACAUCAUCAGUCACAUUCUCUCCUUUCUCCCGAUCAAGAUCUCCGUGUCGACUAGCAUUCUCUCUAGAAGAUGGAGAUUCAUGUGGGCCCACUUCCCGAAUCUUGAUUUCAACAAUUUAAGUCGUGAUCAUGAGACGAGAUUCUGGAACAUCAUAGACAGGGUUAUGUCUAAUCCCAGACUGGAGAGCAUAAACACUUUUCGCCUCAAGUGCAACUAUUCCGAUUUAACCGAGAACAAAUUCGACGAGUGGUUCGCCGGCCGAAGUAUCAACAAUCUCAUUCUCUGCUCCAGGCACGAUUAUUUGGGAAAUAUGUAUGUUUUGCCUCGAACCAUCUUGACGUGCAAAACCCUUGUUGAGUUGAAAUUCACGGCCUGCCCCUUGCCAAAUUUUAGUGGUAAUGAUGAUAUGUCUUUCCCUCGCCUCAAGAAGAUUCAUCUCAAUGAUGUUCACUUUGUAACUGAUGAAACUCUUCCCAAAUUGCUCUGUCACUGCCCGGUGCUUGAGGAUUUGUCCAUCGUAAAUUGUUGGGUUGUGAAUUGCUAUAUCUCUUCACCCACAAUAGAAAGACUUUUGGUCUCAAUUGUGUUUACAGCUAGUGGCAACCGUGAGUUGAGGAUAAAUGCUCCUGCACUUGAGUAUCUACAGCUAUUUAUUUGCGCAACCUCGUGUGUCUCAGCUUGUGCACUGCCUUCCUUAAUUGAGGCAAACAUUGAAUUUUUGGAUCCUUUUUCUUACGAAGACGAGCUCUUUCGUCUUUCAGUGUUGGGUUUUGUCGAUCGCCUCUGCAAAGUGAAGAGGCUAAAACUGUCGAUUAAUGUGCCGUUGCCUUAUGGGAUAAGAUCAAUCCCAAGGUUUGAUAAUUGUACUCGGCUUGAGUUGGAUGUCAAUUCGCAUUUGUUCGUAAAAUUAUUGGAGGCGGCUAACAAUCUUGAAGUUCUAGUCAUCUUUAGGGAUCGCUUAAAUAGCAGAAUCUGGGAAGAGCCCAAACAAGUGCCGAGAUGCCUGUUAGUUCGUCUAGCAAUGGUAAGAGUUGAUGAAUUCGAGUGUAGGGAGCCCGAGUUUAGCAUGGCAAGGUAUUUUCUGAAGAAUGCCAAAGUGUUGAAAAGGAUGGAAGUACACACCUCGGAGGGGAUUGAUUUAGACUUGACAACGAAAUUUAAUGCGCUUCAGAAAAUCGCAUUGUUUACACGGGGAUCAAACGAGUGCGAGCUUGCCUUUUCAUGA